GUCCCAAAGUAACCUCUUCCUGCUCACCUUCACUUAGUUAUCGGAUAUUGGAUACGAUUCGUCGUGUCAAGGAAGUUCGCAUGGCGGUUGGAUUGGAAACACAGCCUUAUCUCAAAGCCCAAUUGGCACAAGCUGCCGCCCAGGCUCAAGCACAAACUCAGGCUCAGGGUCAAGCAGAUUCCCAAGGUCUGAACCAAGCACAAGGUCAAAUACCAGCUCCAGCGCCUACGCCGCAACCCCAGGCCGCUCAAUUACAACCUACUCCCGUCUCAGCUGCGCCCGCACCGGCGUCAACACCAGCUCCCCAGCCAGUUGCUGACCAGAAACCCAAGUCAACAAAGAAGAAAGCCGAUGCGAUGCAGGCUUUCCAAAUCACUCCUGAGAUGUCACGCUCUUCUGCCACCCCUGUCCCACAUCCUGUGGUGAACCAGCUUCAAUCACAGCCGCGGCACGCUACCUCCCCCUCACCCCGUGUAAGCGCGCCUUCGCCGCUCCCGUCUGUACAGUCACCUGCGCAAAGGUUCACGCAAUCACCACGCCCUCCAUCAUCGCAAGCGCCGCACUCCUCACCUCUCGCAGCUGGUUCACAACUCCCCCCAACAAUACAACGCCCUCCAACCGCCGCCCAUCAAUUCUUGCCAAUUGCUUCACCGCAAAGUUCUCAACCCAAGCCUGCUACGCCCCAAGUUGCUUAUCUAUCUCAGUCGACACCUUCCCCUGCACAAGCCGGGCAACAGGCUGGCGCAGCGCAGCUGGCUCCUGGACAACAUCUGAUGCAGCAGCAUGCUCAAGGUCAAGGUCACACUCAAGCGCAGAUAUAUCAGCUUCAACAGAUGCAACUGCACCACCCACAAACUCGAUUGAUGCAGGCUCAGGCUCAGGCGCAAGCGCAGGCUCAGGCGCACCAGGCUCAGUCUCAGUCUCAGGCUCAGGCUCAGGCCCAGGCCCAGCAGGCGCAGGCCCAAGCUCAGGCCCAGCAGGCCCAGGCCCAAGCUCAGGCCCAGGCCCAAGCUCAACACGCACAGGCUCAGCAAGCCCACCACGCACAGGUGCAGGCUCAGGCUCAGGCUCAGGCCAAGCUCAGGCCCAGGCCCAGGCUCAGGCUCAGGCUCACCACGCACAAGUUCAGGCUCACCACGCACAGGUGCAGGUGCAGGCCCAGGCUCAAGCCCAGCCCCAAGCCCACGUGCAAGCCGAACGUAUGACACCGCAGAAUUCACAAUCGCGAAGCCCCUUGCCUGGACAUCCUACAGCUCGAAACAGCCCGAUGCUCCAGAAUCAAGCCAGAGGCUCUCCUAUGCUCCAAAACCAGGCCAGAGGGUCGCCCAUGCCCAAUUCUAACCCGCUCCCACCCCAACCUACACAAGCUGCACAGCACCCGGGCAUGGCGCAGCAGCAGUACAACUUUGCACCAAUGCAGUACAGGCCAGCCGGGCAGGACCAGCAGCAGCACCAAAUGAUAAUGCCACAGUACUCAAUGUAUCCAUAUAUGAGCUAUGCCGUACCUGCAGGACGAGGCUACCAGUGGAAUGUUGGACGGGGGAUGCCAAAUCAGG